GCCUGCUGUUCGAUGCCGCCGACGAAGAAGAAAAACAUCCUCCGAGGAUUCGAUUUCGAUCGAUCGAUCGGAGUUUGGAUCAGCGAGGUAAAGCGCUCGGGAAGUGUAGACAGAUACUUGAUCGGCGAACCUUCGUUCUAGAAAACUCCGGUGUAAUCGUUGCCUUUUUUUUUUAAACCGGUUUCGGUUGUUAAGGUGAAAACGGAUCCGACCCGUUACAGUAUUAAAAAAAGGCAAAAAUUAAAAGGACGUUUUUUAAAAAUAAAAAUAAAAAACAUUAAAAUCAUUUUAGUACUCACGAUUCGUGCAGAAAUCUGAUCAUCCUCCCUAUUUAAGAUCUCCUGACUGAUCAAUUUGACGGUUGAGAUUUUCCUUCUCCCCGCAUUCACUCCGAAAACAGCAGCAGACACCAGCGUCCGCCGGCUCAAGACCAGUCAUGUGGCGGUGCCGCCGCCACCUCCUCUCUGGCCUCGCUCACGCUGCCCUAGGCCCGACGGUAGCCUCUCGUACCCUUUCCGCCUCCAUCGUUCCUCUCUCGAGAACUGUUACUCCUCCUCCUUCCGCUGCUUCGGCAGUGAUUUUGGGUCCAAAUGGGAUCUUUAGGUCAUCGUACAGUGGAAUGGCGAUGGGAUCAUCAUCGGCGACGGUGAGCCUGUUGAGGCUGAACGAUCUGAGGGACAACAAGGGGGCGACGAAGAAAAAAAAACGGAAAGGUAGGGGGAUUGGCUCUGGGAAGGGGAAAACGGCUGGGAGAGGUCAUAAGGGGCAGAAGGCUCGUGGGACUAUGAAGUUUGGAUUUGAGGGUGGCCAGACUCCGCUCCGCAGACUUCUACCCAAGCGAGGUUUCAAGAAUCGCUUCAGCCUUACUUUCCAGCCUGUCGGACUUGGAAAGAUUGCAAAACUUAUAAACGCAGGGAAGAUCGAUUCUUCAGAACUUAUUACAAUGAAAACUCUUAAGGAAACAGGUGCUAUAGGCAAGCAAAUAGAGGAUGGUGUUAGAUUAAUGGCUCGCGGUUCUGAACAUAUCAAAUGGCCAAUUCACCUAGAGGUAUCAAGAGUCACUGUCCGUGCAAAAGCAGCAGUGGAAGCUACAGGUGGCUCUGUGAGGAAGGUGCACUACAACAAAUUGGGACUAAGGGCACUGCUGAAGCCUGAAUGGUUUGAGAAGAAAGGGCGACUACUACCCAAAGCAGCUAGGCCGCCACCAAAGCAGCGAGAUAAGGUCGAUAGUGUUGGUCGUUUGCCUGCACCUACCAAGCCAAUACCUUUUACCACCGAAGAGAAAGAAGCUGCUGCUGCAGCAGCAGCAGCAGCCGCAGCAAAAGCUAAAGUGUCUUCCUAAAGUACAAAUUUCGGAAUGUUACUUUUUUUCCCAAUCAAUAUGCUUUCAGAAGAUUUUGAGUCCGAUUACAAGUGGCAGUUCCUUGCCAUGUCACUUUGGAUCUCGCUCAAUAAUACAGUAAUGGUAAUUUUGUACCAAUUGCAUUUUGCAAAUCUCCUGUCGUGCUGUUCAACGAUUGUGACUUAUUGCAUUCAUAUAUCCUAGAGAUUGUGUUCAUUUCCAGUUA